UGAAUAUUGUUUUAUUUUAUAUUAAACUUGCUAUAUUAAUUGCAUUGAUCUAUGAAACAAAAGUAACAAAAAAUGUAUGCAAUUUUGAAUAUAAUAUUAAUUUAAAGUAUGAAAACAAUUACUUUAACAACAAUAUCAAUUUGAUGUACUCUCUCUCACAAUUCAAUUAGUUGAAUACAUUAAAUAUAAUAGCAAUGUUGGAUACCAUGCGUUCUGUAGAAGAUUGUAACGCUAUACGUUAUGCUUCGUACAGAACUGCUGUUAAGAUGCAAGUAAUACACAGAGAACUUCAGAUGCAACACGUACAGCUAGAAUUAAUAGCUGGUGUAUUUGAACGUCACAGAUUAUCAAUAACAGAAAAUUCAGUAAACUUGGAUCCAAACGAAAUAGAAGACGUUCUCUCAGACAUUUAUUUUGCUGCUCGCAAAGAAUCUAACUUUGACUUUGAUAUGGACCAUGUAACUAAGCUUGCCGUUAAUUAUAUUUUAUGUACCUUCGACAAAAAAAACACUAGAAGUAUUACAGUUUUUUCUGUUAAACUUGCUUUGAUAUUGAUGAGCUGUGGAAGAUUGCAAGAGAAGUACGGAUAUCUUUAUCAGCAGUUGGCCGAUCAUAAUGCUUGUCUCUCCCGAGCUGGUCUGCAUACAUUGUUAACUAACAUAUGUAAAAUAACAGAAAUGCUUGGAGAAAACAUGACCUAUGGAUAUCAUCUUAUUCAAUUGCAUAUUGAUAGUUGUUUUGAAAAGUCUCAAGGAUGUUUAGGAGUUACGGAAUCUGAAUUUGCUACAUGGAUUAUGCAAGAACCACCUUUACUUGUUUGGAUAACGACGUUCAAUAGAAUGAAAUCUGCAGAAAACAUUGUACAUAAUAUUAAAUGUUCUUCUUGUAAAAUAACACCGGUGCAAGGACCAAAAUACUCGUGCUUAAAGUGUACCGGCUAUCAUCAAUGUCAAGAAUGUUUUUUACUUGGUAAAACAACCAAUAAACAUAAAUUAAAACAUCCAAUACGGGAGUAUUGUGCGAAGACAUCUAAUCGCGAAGCAACAAAAUUAAUUAUUGAAUUAAUUAGAAACAAACUGAGAUUAUGUCCUUCCAAAAUGGUUAUAAUGAGCCCAGAAGAAUUGCAACAAAGUGCUGUUAGUAGCGUAACAAAGCAAUCAGAUUGCUCCACAUUAAGAAGUACAAUAAAAAGGAAAAUUUUAAGUGAUCCUCAAAAGGAAUUGCAAAGCAUUAUAACACAUUUGGAAGAAGAAAAUAAACAACUUCAAAUAGAAUUACUUGAUAUUCAAGGAGCUAGAGCCGAAAGACUUCAUCGUCAUAGAGCUACUAUCGAGUCCCAACUACAACGUUUAAAAAUAUUAAAAAAAUACUUAUUUGCAGAUCCUCCUUACGAUCCUCCACAAUUUAUUAAUCGUCUACAAAGCACGCCGAUGCUUCCACUGACUGCAAGAGUCGCAGCUUUACCUUUAGAAUUUGAAUUAAGUCCGAUAAUACGUCAAGACACUCUAGAAAGACAUUUGUCUAAUGUAGCUGAUAGGAACAAAAAACAAAUCUCAAAUAAUUUCAAUACAUCGUUAGACAAAAAUGAUACGAAUGGUCUUACUUGCAUUGAAGAAGCUUCUACAAGUUCUACGUUUGUUAAAGCACCUAGUAGCACGUGUAUAGAAUUGAGCACAUGGAUUGGAGGAAAACGAUCGGAAUUAAGUAUACCCGACAGUGGCUUUUCUCAGUGGUUAAAUAACGGAGAUCCAAAUUACAAAGACGAUAGACAAACGAAUAAACUUGUAAUAGGAAAUAUUGCUUGUAAUGAAUCACCGAUAACAAUUUCCGAUUCUCCCGUUGGACUUCAAAGAGACAAUACACCUUCUUCUUUACAACGUCCUGAUAAACAUUCGCAACACAGUAGUUUACAAAAUAUUCAAGGAGAUCUCAACGAUAUAUUAGAUAGAUUGCAAAACAUGGUUGCAAACGAUUGUUUACUGGAAGAGUCCUACGUUGUCAAUGAUAAUUGCAAAUUAAAGCGAGCAGCAACAGAAAUGGAAGAUCUGUUAACUGAUCUUAUUGAAGGCAUGGAAUCUCGUAGAACUAAACUCACUACUAACGUUUGAGAAUUUUAUAAGCAAAGAGCGGAAUAAGACACUUUCCGCAUGUCAAUGAUAAUAAUUAUAUUAUUAUUUUCCGUCCACGUUUGACUAUGAAAAACGUAAUAAUAUAAAAUUUUUAAAAUCAAGUGUAACCACCUUGUAAAAAUAAAUGAAACAGUAAAACGUUUUGAUGAAAGAUAUAUAAGAAAAUUGUUGUAUUGUAAAUACAUUUAAAUUCAAUUGAAAUGCAUUUAAAUAUACAAGAUGGUAUCACUUGAAUUAAAUUAUAAAAUAUAUAUAUGAUUAGAUUUUUGUAUAUUAUCUGCAAUAAUCGAACGAAAAAAAAAAUAUUUUAUACAAUAUUUGAAUUUACUUUAUGUAAUAUAAAAAUUGUAAAGAUUUAAUUAUUAUAAUUUACAAAAAACAAAACAAAAAAAGAUUAAAAUAAUACUGAGCAUAUUUCCCAGUCUUGCAUAUAAAACGAAAUGUCCUCCUUUAAGUUAAAAAUGUAGCGAUAAGUUAAAAAAUGAUGUACAAAAUCAUUUUCAUCGAUAUACGAUGAACAGACUAGAGUAUCAAAUAUUAUGCACUCUGUGCUAAAAUUGUCAAAUUGUAAGAAUACAAUAUCGGUACUACAUACAUUUUGUUAAAUACUGAAUAAAUAUUAAAGUAUUAUUAUACUUUUUCUGUUAACAACGUAUCCGUCAAAUACGUUAUUUUAAGGAGCCUAUAAAAGUGUAAUUUCUCUGAUGGCAAAUUGACGGUCCAUGCCAUCACACGAAUUCCUCGAUUAUGCCAUUUUUCGAUUACACGCCUAAAAAAAAAAUUAAUUGAUUUUUAAA